AUGCCCAUUUAUGUGAAAUUUUCCCAUAUUAUUUUCCCCUUUACAGAUAGUCACCUACACUACAUGGAAACAGGAAAUGACACAGGAAUUUCAGAAUUUCUUCUUAUGGGAUUUUCAGAAGAACCAGAACUGCAGCCCCUCAUAUUUGGGACUUUCCUUUCCAUGUACCUGAUCACUGUGUUUGGAAAUUUGCUCAUCAUAUUGACCAUCAGCUCUGAUUCUCAACUUCACACACCCAUGUACUUCUUCCUUGCCAACCUGUCCUUUGUAGACAUCUGCUUCACCUCCACCACUGUCCCCAAGAUGCUGUGGAAUAUCCAGACUCAGAGCAAAGUCAUAACCUAUGCAGACUACUGCAUCACCCAGAUGUUCUAUUUCAUACUCUUUACAGGAUUAGACAUGUUUCUCUUGACAGUGAUGGCCUAUGACCGUUUUGUGGCCAUCUGUCACCCCUUGCACUACAUGGUCAUCAUGAACCCCCGGCUCUGUGGACUGCUGGUUCUGGGGUCCUGGGUCCUGAGUGCCCUGCAUUCCUUGUUAGAAAGCUUAAUGGUGUUGCCACUGUCCUUCUGUACAGUCUUGGAGAUACCCCACUUUUUCUGUGAACUCAAUCAGAUGAUCCAACUUGCCUGUUCUGACACCUUUCUCAAUAACAUGGUGGUAUAUUUUUUAGCUAUGUUGCUGGCUGGUGGUCCCUUCAUUGGGAUCCUUUACUCUUAUUAUAAGAUAGUUUCCUCUAUACGUGGGAUUUCAUCAGCUCAGGGCAAGUAUAAAGCAUUUUCUACCUGUGUGUCUCACCUCUCAGUGGUCUCUCUAUUUUUUUGUACAAGUCUAGGAGUGUACCUUAGCUCUGCUGCCACUCAGAGCUCCCACUCCAGUGCUGUGGCCUCGGUGAUGUACACGGUGGUCACGCCCAUGCUGAACCCCUUCAUCUACAGCCUGAAGAACAGAGAUAUAAAAGGGGCUCUGAUGAGAUUCUCUGAGAUUCCAGCUAAAAAAUGGGUAAUUGUCUUGGGCUGA